AACUCUAUGGACGAGAAAAAACAAAAGAAAGUAGUUCAGCAUGGUCACAAACGGAAAUUAAUGGAGAACGAAAAAGAUAAACAAAAAGCAGAAUACGAAAGUUCAAGGAACGAAUUAAAGAGUCUUUUGUCACAAUAUGGCACAAAAGCAAAAGUCGCCGAUGAUCUUGAAAAGGACACGACAAAACUUCGUGGGAGCAUCGAAAACUUAUUAGCAAGAGUACAAUCGAAUAAAUUCAACAAGGAUAAG